UAGUCGCGGUUGCCAAUCGGCCGGCGAAGCACAGGCCAAAGAAAUAUAAAAUAAAAGCGAAACAGCAGGCAAAAAGAGGAGUCGGUGUUCAAAGAACUGAAAAAACUGGGUUAAUACCAUGCCCGGGCUAUAGGCCAAGUUAUCUAUAAUAAUAUAGGCCAUAUUAUUCGACGUAGAGUGGGUGGCGUGGUGGAGGAGUGGCGGCGGCAGCAGCAGCAGUAGACGGGCUUAUAAAUUAUGGAGCUACGCGAAUUGCGCGGUGGAAAUGGUGGAAGCGGAGGAGUUGGUGCCCCUGGAACAUCUGCAACAUCGGUAAAUGGAGCCCCAAGUCCCGAACUUGGUGGCAUUUGUAUUGGUGGCGCCGGCGGAGGACAGCGAAUGCCCACCAAAGCGGAUAUAUUCAUGGAACAGCUAAACGCCACCAAUGCCAAAAAGGUGGCGCUGCUCCUGGUCCUCGGAUUUAUCAUUUACCACGGCCUGCUCAACUGGAACUAUGGCAGUGACUCCUGCCAGUGGCUGCUGUCCAAGGGCCGAUUCAAGGGCGACAACGAGUGGCAGCCGUACGGUUGCAUGGUGCACAAGUACUCCCUCACUGACACAAGGCGAUGUUUGCGUUACCUCGCCUUCUUUGACAACAAGAACAACUUUGUGUUCAUUGGGGACAGGAGUGUGCGGCUGCUUUAUGACCGAUUUGUGGAGCAACUGCGUCUACCGUUGGCUGCAGAUGAAUUGCCCGAUGAGGAGGAUAAUAACGCCUCGAUAACGGAUGGCUCGGCACGUUUCGAAGACAAGAAGCUGCACAUGCUGGCCCAGUAUAUUCGGGCGGAGGAGGUAAGUCCGACGCUGAUUGAGCAGCUGUACCGCCUAGAGGCAGAGAAGCAACUGUCCUCCGUUUACGUGGUGGGCUUUACAUAUGCCAGUUUACUUGCCGGCAACACCACGGAUGAUGUGUUGCGCCAAUAUGCCGCUAACCUCACGUUGCUCGUGGCUCCAUUUCAUCGACUGGUGGCGCAAACAUCCCGGGUCCUCUGGAAACUAGCAGAUCGUGUGGAUGAGGAAAAACUGCCACCUAAUUGGAAGCUGUUGCAAAAUGAGCACAUUGAUCGUCUAAAUCAUGUGGCCCGGGGUGUUUUCCGUUACACAGAGGCCAGUGUUUGGGAAUCCGCCUGGCACAUAUCAAAUGGUCUGCAAGAUAAUGCCAUAGAUGGUCAUCAACUAUGCGCCCAUGGCCAGCGACUGGAAGUUCAGUUGCUGUGGAACAUGUACUGCAAUGAUUACAUGAACUACAAUGAUGGCACAUGCUGCAGUAGCUCUGAGCCGCACACCACACUGCAAAUAGUGGCAUAUGCCAUGUUUGGUGUCUGUAUGACCCUCGUGUGCGGUAUGUGCCUGCGGAGAUGGCUGCUUCAUCUGCGUGGUCAUACUUUGUAUGUGCCCUUGCAGCAGCAGCAGCAAUCGCAUGAAGGCGGAAGAACAGUAGGAGCACCUAAUAAUGCCUUAUCCGCUCUGAUAACCGACUAUGGCACACCCAUGGUGGCGCUAUCUCUGCUGGGCCUUAUUCUGGCCUAUUUCUAUCUUUGUGAUCGCACCAACUUCUUUAUGAAGGAGAACAAAUACUACUCGGAAUUCAGCUUUUGGAUACCAGUGGGCUAUGUCUUUGCCCUGGGACUGUUCUUUACGGAGGAUUCACGAUUUACCAAGGUGCUAAAUCGCGAUCAAACAGAUGAGCUGCGUGGCUGGAUAUUGCUGGUGGUGUUAAUAUAUUAUAUGACUGGAGCACAGCGAGUGCUGCCUAUUCACAUGCACAUCAAGCUAUUGAUCUCCGGAUACUUUUUCCUCACCGGAUACACACACUUUACACACCUAUGGCAGACUGGCAAUAGUGGCUCCUUGUUCGUGCGUUUCUUCCAAGCAAUGUUUCGAGCAAACUUUCUCAGUGUGCUGCUAUGUUUCUGCAUGAACCGGCCUUAUCAGUUUUAUUACUUUGUGCCACUACUCUCCUUCUGGCUGUGUGUUGUCUACUUUGUACUGGCCCUGCCACCAAGGAUAUCAUCUGCAUCAGUGGACGCCAAUCCGUUGCACUAUCUGUAUUUGGUGUGCAAGUGUAUUGGUUGUCUUGGCGGCAUCACUGUGCUCUUCAUGUCGGAGGUAUUCUUCGAGCGAAUCUUUGUGACGCGACCGUGGAAGGCGCUGUUUGUGACAACGGAUGAUGACCUGCACGAGUGGUGGCAUCAGUGGAAGCUGGAUCGAUAUACGGUGGCCUUUGGAAUGAUCUAUGCCGCCUGCUUUCAUAUUGCCCAAAAGUACAAUGUGUUCGAUGACAACAAUCAUGGAAAUCUGUUUUCCCGACGGACCUCCAUAUCGGUCACAUUGCUGGCACUACUAGGAGUUGGGGUGUAUACCUCGUUCUCGUUCUUGUGCCGCAACGUCCAGAACUGUGAGGAGAUUCAUUCCUACAUCCUGUUCAUCCCGAUUGUGGGCUAUGUGGUCCUCAGGAAUAUAUCCGGAAUCCUGCGAACUCGGUACUCGGCGUUCUUCGCCUGGUUUGGCCGCAUCUCGCUGGAGCUGUUCGUCUGUCAGUAUCACAUUUGGCUGGCCGCCGAUCGACAUGGAGUUUUGGUACUGCUUCCUGGUUUCCCUACGCUCAACAUGAUCAUCACGUCGUUCAUCUUUGUGUGCGCCUCACACGAAGUGCACCGUCUCACCCAAAUCCUGCUACCGUAUGCUGUGCCCAGCGACUGGCGUCUGGUCAUGCGCAACUUCGUCAUCUUUCUCAUCGUGCUAAUACCCGUCGCCCGAUCAGAUGGUAUGUUCUGAUCCUGAGCGAUUCGCAAUCCAAUUGCCGCCCAAGGUAGACCCAAAGUAUUCGAUAGAUAGCAGCCCCUAUGGCAAAAAGUUAAAAGAGCAAAUAAUAAGUGUUUUUAAACUUCAGGGUGGAUCGGUUUUAUAUUCAAGCUUCAAGUCUUAAAAACUAAAAAUCUUAAAAUUCUUUAGCCAUAUCUCAAUUCUUUCUAAAAGAUAUUUAACCUUAAUGGGCCAUAGGUCGAAAAUUGUUAACAAUAUACAAAAUCUGGCAUUCGUGCCGGAAAUUCAAAAGAGACAAUAAUUUAAUUUGUUUAUAUUACUUAAUUUUGUUAAUAUAUAUUUGAUUAUAGUUUUAUUUAGAUUAUUUCAAACUUCAAGUUAUAUUCGUAUCUUUACAAAUCGAACCACCCAAGUUUAUAUAGUGCGUGUCAUAGCUAUAAGAAGCAAACAAUAGUCAAGUCUCGAAACGGAACCUUAAACUUCAACUUAAUAAUAUGGUCAUUUGAUGAAAUUUAUCCUAAAUAGUAAUUUUGGUUUUAGCUAAAUUUGUUUUUCAAUUUACAACAUAGAUUUAAAGAUAAAAGAUUAUGUAACUCGAAACUUAAGUACCUUAAUUCGAUUUAAUUAUAGGUUUUUAGCUCCCAAUUAUUCUUUGAUAUUUUGAUUAGGAUGUAAUUUUAUUAACGGGAUUCAUGCAAAUAACUGCCUUAAGCCAAUAUUAUCAUUAUAUAUCCAAUAGAAUUUUUAUCGAUUAUGGCUUUAACUUAAAUACGCAAUAUUCUUAUGGUUCUGAAACGCACUGUAGGCACACCUUUAACUAUAAAUGAUAACAAAUUAAGAUAUAUAUAUAUAUAUAUCGACAUAUUUUACGCCUAUGUAUACAAUCUAGAGUUAAUUUAGCUUAAAUUUUGCACAAAUUACUUAACAAUUCAACCAACCAAGCAACACACACUCACACACACACUCAGUCAAACACAAGCAGCGGCAAACCAAAUGUAUGUAUAAAGCAAGAGAAUAAAGCAAUGGAUAUAUACUUAUACUUAUAA